AUCCAGAUCAGCAUUUGGUUCCUCUUAGAGGGGGACUUAUGUUCAUUGUUUAUCCUGACGAAACUGUUACUAUUCCUUGUAAACCAUCGAAACCUGGGAUGAACCCGGAAUUGUGUAUCGAAAAUAAUACCUGUUUCAAUAUCACUGAUUCAACCAAGGGAUUUAUACUGCAUUAUGAUGAGUUCAAAUCUAAGAGAUUACCUUUAUACUGCAAUUUUAACAACAGCAUAGUCUACAAUAUGUACUUAUUUAGAGCUGUAAGGCGAAAGCUGCUGGUACCUUCAAUGAAAGGAAUAGAAAAUAGGACUGUAUACCUUGAAAAGUCCGUCACAAUAACUUGCAGUUUCCUGUAUGAGUGGCAUGUCCCUGAGAUCAGAUGGAAAGUUCCUCCAUAUAGUCGACACAUCAGAAAGGACGAAAGAAUUAAAAUUCGUCGCCUAGAUGUGAUGAAGAACUCGACGGAAACGGUUACAAUUUGUACGUUCGCCAAUCUGGUAAAGACUAUGUAAAGCUAAUGGAAAAGACCAAAACUGGAAUUAUUAACUGGAAGCAAAAUGACACUAACAUAUGGAAACC